CACACGAGAAGAUAAACUCGUGUGUAUGUGUGUGUGACACACACACACCAAAGUUGUGACUUCAUUAACUGCACAGCCUGAACAUGAGGAAGGGACAGAUGGUGAGAGUGAAAUGUGAGGGAGUGAGUGUGUUUCUGCUGCUUGUCUUCGCAGCACUUCACCACACUGUGAAAGCAGACCUGAGGAAGUUGGACAUGGCUCUUGAUGCAGUAGAUGACAUCUUCUCACAGUGUCAAGACAAAAUGCUGAAGGCUGUUACUGAAAUAGAUGGCCUGCUCCAGAAAGAACUCAAGGAUGAUAAAGAGUUUGAGGAGUUGUGGAGGAAAUACAGUGGAACGUGCAAAAAGAACAUUACUGGUGGAACAUCGUAUCACAUUGAUGCUCUAGAGGCAUACGGAAAUUCUAAGCCUAAAUUUAGGAAAAUGUUCAACAAUUUGGUUUAUAGCAAAGGAAACAACACCCUGACCUACAGAGAUGAGUUUCCCUUCAAGUCUCUUCAUUUUCUCUUAACAGACUCCGUGCGACUGCUGAAGCCCACAAACAAAUGUGAGACCAAGUACUAUGCCACCAGGAACACAUACACAGCAGAUACGGGGACCGAGGUCCGAUUCGGAAAGUUCAUCAAUGCCAAAAACACACUGAGCUCUACAAUUGAAGAACUGGAGCCAAAAGAAGAUGGAGUCACCAUGUUUAACAUCACUUCCUGUUCUGUGAUUAAUGUUGAAGAGAACACGUGUACAUCUGAGGAAAUCCAGUGUCUUAUUUCUCCAGCCGAGGUUUUCACAGUGGAGGAUGUUCGCGAUGCUACCACCGAUGAUGAUACCACAUAUAAAUUAAUCACUUUAACACACUCACGCUUUCUCAGCAAUCACAACUGCGCUUUCUUCCAUAGGAAUUCUGCAGAUGUUGAAUCCUCCACCUCUCUGAUCUUCACACUUCUGGCUCUGACAGCCUCCUUGUUGACUCAGUUUACUGUGAUGGAGUGACUCACAUCUUCAUGUAGAUGGAAAAAUUCUACUGUAUAUCAUAAUAUGGAUAGAAAUGUAGAAAUUUAGACAAGAGAUGACUAAUUUCUAAAGGUGUCUAUGGCAGUAUGUCACAGAUUUGGAAAACACUGUUACGCUGAUGAGUUUAAUAAACUUCAUUAUUACUUGUUUCUUUGAUGUAAGUUGACAGGAAGUGAGAGAAGAAGGAAAGAGGGAAGUAACUGGUCAAGACUUAUUUGAGUUUGCAUUAAAGGAAUCUUAAAACUUUC